AUGGAACAGCAUAAACUGAAACUUAAAUCAUUCAGUGAUAAAACCAUUUUUUUCAAAACACUUCGGUAUUCAGGCCUAAUAAGAUUCUGGAACAGCCAUGCCCUGAAUUUGGUGAUCGCUUCCUUGGAAAAAACUUUUGGUACUUUCCGUUUAUUUGCACCGGUCGAUGAGCCUCCACCACUUCCAGUAUUCCCAUCGCUCAAUACUGAUUCCCUACCACCAUCAUCGUUCAACGAACCACACAUCGACAACGACUCAUCGCCUGUAAACACACGCGCCACUACCGCCCCACUUGCCCAUAAAAGCAACCAUAAAUCCAGGAAAUCCUUACAGUUAACAAGUAGCUAUCCAAUACCUUUCAAUCAGAAGAACUACUGCCUUGUAAACUGA